AUUUAUUCGAAAACAAUUUGAAAACUUUUGUUAAAAAGUGACGUUAGCUUCAAGCAAUGAUAGGACAAUGAGUUGUCUAGUGUCCUGGAAUUAGGACACAAGCCUUAUUCCACACGGGACUCAUCACGAUAAAAUGCCAUUGCUUUUAGUUUAUGAGAUUACUAGUGAAGGGAUUUUCACUGGACCAGAAAACAACGUGCCACUCGAUUACGCUAAGGUAGGUUUCUAACCUUAAA